GUUCAUCAGUAAGGUGAUGCACACUAUGUACAAUACCAGAGGUCAACUGCCACAGUGCCAUCUUCAUUGUUUAUUUGUAAACUAGUUUUAGAGUCAACAAAAGUGUUAUGUAGUUAGUAUGGUCUAUACCAACUAGCUAUACCAUACUAACUACAAAAAAGGUUGGAAAUCGUGAGACUUUUAACCCAACCUCCCGACGAUGGUCAAUGUUAGGGUACAGUUAUUUCAUCGAAUCACCUCGCUGUUGGGGUCACUGAUGGUGGGAGUGUUGAUGGCGGCCUGGGCGGCGGUGCUGAUGGUAGACGCCGCGCCUCAACCCGACCUCUUCAGGUUACCCAGGCGUGCGGGACCCCAGCAGGAGGAGGAGGAGGAGGAGGAACUCACUCUCUCAUCAGGUGUGCGCGAGACUAAGGAGAAACUGAUGUGUCCUCCCCCGCGUGAGAGAUGCAUCACCAUGAAGAGCUUCCAAGGUCCCAAGACUUGCAUCGACAACAACUCCUGCAUCAAACCCUCUGAUGUCUGCUGUAUUGACGAAUGCAUUGAUAACAUGAAAAUCUGCAAGCCCGGUAAUCGUAUAUGAUUGCCACCGCUGAAGACGCCAGCAAAUGAGUACGUAGCAAGCUGUAGAGGGGCCACGAGGAGCAGCAUGAAGGACAACAACACAGCAUGUCAGUGUGGCAACUCUGUGUAACAAUAAACCUAUAAUUCUAAAAAUAAAACCUGUAGUUCACCACUAAACCUGAUGAACUCUUUUAAGAAAUUAGCCCAACUUUAAAAGUUUUUUAAUAAA